UUUUAUUAAUAGUGAAAAUUUAAUAUUCAUGUUAUAUUAAUAAUAUUGUGUUGUAUUUUAAGUAAAUAUAGAUUAUAGGUUAUGGAGACUUUUUAUUUAACUCUGGUAAAAUAAUUUGUUUCUGGAAUUCCAGGGACGAUAACCUAUAUUGUAAUAUGACGUUCGUUUGUAAAGUACGUGGUUGUUUAUCAAGUCAAAAUACGAAGAUUGAUGGUCGUGAAAUAACAUUAUUUGCUUUUCCUGAAGAUGACACGAGACGUCAGGAAUGGAUUAAAAAUUGUAAAUUAGUUCUCGAUUCCAGUGAUGAAAGUGACCCUUUAUACGUUUGUGAAUUACAUUUUGAAAAAUGUUAUUUUACUGCAUCAAAUGAAUUGAAAACAAAUGCAGUACCAACUAUAUUUCAUAACAGCGAAGAUUUGCAAAGAAAACGAAAGGCUGAAAAUAAUAUAGAAAUGGAAUCUUUAAUGGUUCAACCACCAUCAAAGCAAAAACAUUUAGAUGAAGAUUCGCAUAGCUUGGUAACACCACCACAAAGCCCAUUUACACAAUUGGGAGAUAAUAUUGAGGAAUCGGGUUUAGAAAAUAAGACAAAUGUGCUUAAAGAACCAGUAAAUAAAGUUGACAUAACUACAUCAGACAAUGGGCAUAAAGUAUAUCGUUUAACAAUACAAAUAGAAAAAAUACAUACGGAGGCAGAUUCAGACAAUAAGGAUCCAGUAAUCAUACCUAGUCGAGAAUUAGAAAAUUCUCCAAUUUCCAAUAACAGUAUGUUAAUAUUUAAAAAUGAACAAGAAAUGGAUGAUGAAUCGCAGGCAGAGAAAAUGGUAAAUAAUAGUAAAGUGAAAAAACCGCAAUGCAUCAAAGGAGCAUGCAAAUUAAAAAAGAUUAUGUAUGGGACUAAACCAGCAUUUCAAUGCGAUGAGUGUAAUAAAUAUUAUGUCAUGAAGAAAAGCAACGCACAGAUAGAGAAAACCAAUGUUUGUUCUGUAUGCCAGAUGUCUUUUACUUCUCCGCAAUCACUUUAUCUCCAUGUUAAAAAACAUUUUGUUUGUGAUAUGUGUCUGACUGAAUGUAGUUCACGAUUAUCGUUUGAUAAACAUGCUAAGUCACAUGUAAGCACUGAUCCUUUGUUUCCUUAUAAAUGUCAUAGAUGUUUUGAGAUAUUUGAUACCAAAGACGAAAUAAGGAAUCAUUACGUUCUUAUGCAUCCUUCGAUAAAAUUCGAAGGUAUUGGUAAAGCAAAAGUCUCACCUGUAACAGUGCAAAUACCUCAACAAGAAUAUCUAUGUCCUACCUGUAACAUUACUUUUAGAAAUGAACAGGCAUAUAGAAAUCAUAUUAAUUGUCAUACACAAAAAGAAGGAAUACGUUGCAACAUUGCAGAGCCAAGUAGUAUAAUCUCUGUACCGACACCGAUAACUGGUGGUCAGAUAGGAAUUUUGCGAGCUGUAACAUUCAGUUGUAGAGUGUGUUCGAAAGAAUUUGAUAAUGUUGCUGAAGUCGAUCAACACACGAGAACACAUUUGGAAAAUGCGGAAGAAUACAAGUGCAAUAUCUAGAUAUUUUUGUCAGGUGUUGAGAAAAGUAAAAAAGUAAGAGUGCUUGGAUGAUAUCUUAGCAAAGGACGAACAUUCGAGUGAACAACAAUAAUGUUUCAAACAGCGGUUACCUUUGUGGUCAUCUCACUCCUUGACUUGGCUUCCUUUACGAAUAUACUAAGAAGAAGAAUAAUAAUACUAGGAAUGAUACUACUCUACUAGGAAGAAUAAUACUGAUUUUACCAAAAGGAAGACGUGUUAGAGUAACAGAGCGGAGAAACCAGAGCAAAGGAGAAAAAAGAAGGCCGACGAAAGAGAUCACAAGGUGAACAAUCGUUCAGCACCUUUUCUGUUAUAAUAGUGGAACACCACUUCAAACGCGGAGCCGAUCUCAAUGUGUUUGUUUGCUCAACUUCAAAUUUACUUGUUAUAAAUGACGAGGGAUCUCGAAUCGAUCUGUCCGUACUACAUAUUUUUUUUUUUACAGAAAACUAUAUUUUUGAAGAAAGUUUGGAAACGUUUUUGUUCCAUUUUACAGAACAAAUUUGUAAUACUAUAAGAACAAAUAUUUAAUAGUAAUACUCAAU